AUGGCAGCCGAAGUUGUAGCCAGAUUUUGCAUGCUCGCGGUCUCUGUAACGGGGCUUUCAGACCAGUUCCCAUCACUGUGUCGGCGGCAGAGCAAUAACAAAGCUUCAGGGCCGUUGAGCUUUAGCAACGACGGCACUUUCAAAAUAUCCAUCUUUGAAGACCUUCACUUUGGAGAGAAUGCCUGGGAGGCAUGGGGGCCUGCGGCGGACAUCAAGACUGUCAAGGUUAUCAAAAAGGUGCUCGACGAUGCCAAGCCGGACCUGGUGGUGUUGAACGGCGACCUCAUUACCGGCGACAACGCGUACUUGGAAAACGCCACGUUUGUCCUCGACCAGCUUGUCAAACCAAUGGUCGACCGCGGCCUCCCCUGGGCCAGCACCUAUGGUAACCACGACUACCAACUGAACUUGACAGGAAGCGACAUCCUCGCGAGAGAGAAACAAUGGCCCAACUCCCGUACGCAAAAGAUGGUCUCCGACGGCAACUCGGGCGUCUCCAACUAUUACCUCCCGGUCUACCCCUCCGAUUGCGUCAAGGACGAUUGCACGCCCGAGGUCAUUCUCUGGUUCUUCGACAGCAGAGGCGGCUUUCAGUAUAUGCAGACCAAGCCUGACAGGUCGACGGCGCUGGUUGGACAGCAGAACUGGGUCGACGAGAGCGUGGUCAACUGGUUCAAGUCGAAGAACUCGGACCUCAACAAGCAGCAUAACAAGGACAUUCCUGGCGUCGCCUUUGUGCACAUCCCGCCCAAAGCCUCAAAGGCCAUACAAUCGCAAGGGAUCGACCCGGAGAAGAACCCCGGUAUCAACGACGACAGCCCGCUGUCGCACCAGGCCGAGGGCUGGUGCAAAGACGGCAGCCAGAAGGGCAGCUGCGACUACGGCGGCCAAGACGUCGCGUUCAUGAAGGCGGUCGCCGAGAGCCCUGGGAUGACGGGCGUCUUCAGCGGCCACGACCACGGCAACAGCUGGUGCACCAAGUGGAAAGGCAAGGUCGGGGAUGUCGCGAUCGACGGCAAGGGCGUGAAUCUGUGUUUCGGCCAGCGUACCGGCUACGGCGGGUACGGCACGUGGAUUCGCGGUUCGAGGCAGCUCGUCUUGACGCGGGACAUGUUGGCCAGGGGCGAGCUCGACACUUCCAUCCGAUUGGAAUCCGGCGACGUUGUGGGCUCGGUGACAUUGAACUCUACUUACGGCGAUGACAAGUACCCUGUCACCCCCGAUGAUAGGACUUGA